GAACUGAUUAAAACACACGGAUUUAAUUGGAAGUAAUUUCCCCAGGAAUAUAACUACGGACAGAAAGGUGUAAGUUGUAAAGGUGUCGAGAAUUGGACACUUUUUUUUUUUUGUGGCUGAAGAGGGCGUGUAUUAUCGAAGUCGCACACAACAGCUGAUCAUUUGAAAAUGAGCCUUAAAAGCUUCACCAACCAAGAGAAUAUAAAUGCGGCAGCUUUCUAUAGGAGAGAAGCUAUUCUACCACAAGUGGCUCCAAAACCUCAAAGGAAUGUACUUGGGGUUCUGAGUGAAAAUGAUCAGCACAAGAGGUCAUUUGGCCAGGGGACAUCUUAUCCCAAGAAUGGCUCUGACUUGGAUAAUUCAUUACCUUCAGCUGCAAAUUUUCCUGCCUGUAUACCCACCUAUUCCUCCUCUGGCUUUGAGAUCUACGUGGAUGACCAUGAGGAGAGCAUGAAGUCUAUCCCCAGCUUAAAAGGGGACUCUGCUACCAGCUGGCAUAGAGACACCUUUGAAAUGCAGCACAAAGACUUUCACUUGUUGUUGGAGUGUAGUGCCGCUGGUUCUUGUAUGGAUGCUUCCAUGCACUCCCUACCUGACUGCAGUGUUCCUGCUGACCUCCUGGCGGUAGUGGAAUAUUCUGGGGACAUUCAUCAGUAUCUACGUGAAAGCGAAGUAAGAUUUAGACCAAAGAUCAGUUACAUGAAGAAACAGCCAGACAUCACAAACAGCAUGCGUGUAAUCUUGGUUGACUGGCUUGUGGAGGUUGGUGAAGAAUACAAACUACGUUCAGAGACUCUCUAUCUGGCAGUAAACUACCUGGACCGAUUCCUAUCCUGCAUGGCUGUUCUCCGAGGAAAGCUGCAGCUAGUUGGGACAGCAGCAGUCCUCCUGGCUUCGAAAUAUGAAGAGAUCUAUCCACCAGAGGUUGACGAGUUUGUUUACAUCACAGAUGACACUUACACAAAGAAACAAGUUCUGCGUAUGGAGCACUUGCUCCUGAAGGUUCUAGCGUUUGACUUGACUGUGCCUACAAUCAACCAGUUCUUAAACUGUUUUCUGAAGAUGACAGAUGUCUGUAGCAAGACUGAAAAUCUAGCUUUGUAUGUGGCAGAACUAAGUUUGAUGGAAGUUGAUCCUUUCCUGAAGUAUCUUCCAUCCCAGAUAGCCGCAGCUGCAUACUGUCUUGCAAACUACACAAUUAACAGGAAAUUCUGGCCUGUAUCCUUGACUUCUUUUACUGGAUACACUCUGACUGAAGUUGUGCCAUGUCUGAGUGAUCUGCACAAGAUGUAUCUGAGUGCUGAAAGUCUGCCACAGCAAGCAAUAAGGGAGAAAUACAAGAGCCCAAAGUAUCUGAGUGUAUCCCUAAUAAUUCCACCAGAGGUUCUACCUCUCCAAUAAGAUGUCUUAAUGUGUCUGGAUAACUUGAACAAAUUCAGCACUUGCCUCGUUUUACAAUCGCAUCGGUUGAUCAUAUUGGACUAUGAGACUAAUGCAGGUCAAAUGUCUCAACUCUUUUAUAUAAUUAACUUUUUAAUGCUUUUUUUUUUUUAAAUGCAAUUUUUGUAUUCCUGUGCAUUGUUUACUAUUGUAUAAAAUGUCUAAGUUUUAAACUGGAUUGCCAUCAUGGAUGACUUCUAGUAAACAAUAAAAAUUUUAAUUUAGAAAGUGUGGUGGCUUUAUUGGGUGAGUUGGUAGUGGGUUACUUUAAGCCCAAUUAUUGCAAGUGUAAC